AUGCGCUUCUCUUUUCACGUCGUCGCCCUUGGCCUUGUCACCUUGCUGUCGUUGGUCAGGGCGGCUCCCUUCAGUGCCGUGUCCGUGGUACAGGCCAUUGGUCGAUUCACGACCAUCACGACCUCGGUCUUCGCCGAGCCGACAAGCGUGUCGAGCUCGACGGUGGGGUGUGUGGCGGACACUGGUACUCGUCAUGCAGAGCCAACGACAACGCUGGUCGCAAGGGGGGAGAGCGCCACACAUACGCCCAGCCCUGUGUUGGAUAAGGACUCCAGCCCUCAUCCGCUUGGGCGUCCGGACCUGGUCGUUCCCACAUUGGUAACGGCGACGUCCACGGCGCAUGCGGUGGACGUGGCUCCGACUUCCUACAGCUGGUGCAGCCGGUGCGGUCUUGGCCCUGUGAUGAUGAGUGCUGCGGUGCCAACUACUUUGGCAACAACCUCGGUGUCGGCACAGGAAACCUACACGAACGCACUUGGCGAGGACUAUGUCGACGACGUCUUCCCGAGCCACAGUACCAACCACAAUCAGGAAGGCUCACUCGUGGCAGCAUUCGCCAUCAGAGACGUCGCCGCACGGAUGUCGUAUUCAAAAGGACCGCCAGACGAGGGCGUCCGACGGUGUCCACACGGUCAACACGCGGUGCUGAAGCCAGGCCAGGGCGAGUUCAAGUCCAACGGUUGCGGGAUCGGCCUCUUUGCAGAUCCUCCUCCUGGAAGUGGAAAGUUUGGACAGUGCUGCAUCGAGCAUGGCAAGUGUGUUGGUAAGUAUUUCCCCCAAAUCUCCAAGACUGCCUUUUGUCCCUCAGACUGCUGA